GUGUAUCUUCGCAAUGCGAAGAUGGCGAAGAUGGUCCCUACCACAGGCACCGAAGUGUUCCACCGCUUGACUCCGGAAUCACUGGCGGAGAUUGAGAGGCUUAUUGAGGAGAAGAAAGUCAGGAAGGAAGAAGAGGGUGUAGCUCCAGAGACAGAGCCAACAGCACCUAGCAGUGACCUGGAGGCAGGGAAGACUCUGCCCAUGAUCUAUGGAGAUCCACCAGAGGAGCUGCUCAACACACCGCUGGAAGACAUAGACCCCUUCUACAAAGCACAAAAAACAUUUAUUGUAAUCAGCAAAGGCAACACAAUCUACAGGUUUAAUGCAGAACCAUCCUGUUACAUUAUCAGCCCAUUUAACAUCAUGAGAAGAGCAGCCAUUAGAAUUCUCAUACAUUCAUAUCCUUAAUGCUUAUUUAGCAUGUUCAUCAUGAUUACCAUUCUCGCCAACUGUGUAUUCAUGACGAUGAGCAACCCUCCUGCCUGGAGUAAAACUGUGGAGUAUGUCUUUACUGGUAUAUAUACUUUUGAGGCAUCAAUUAAAGUGGUGUCACGAGGCUUCUGUAUUGGCUCUUUUACAUUCCUUCGUGAUCCAUGGAACUGGCUGGAUUUCAUGGUGAUUAGCAUGGCGUACAUCACAGAGUUUGUUGACCUCGGCAAUGUGUCAGCGCUUAGGACGUUCCGUGUGCUCAGAGCUCUGAAAACAAUCACUGUUAUUCCUGGCUUGAAAACUAUUGUUGGAGCUCUGAUCCAGUCUGUCAAGAAAAUGGUGGAUGUGAUGAUUCUGACCAACUUUGCUCUGGCUGUGUUUGCCCUCAUUGGCCUGCAGCUAUUCAUGGGGAACCUGCGCCACAAGUGUAUACGCUGGCCCAUUUCGAACAGCACUAUGGAUGAGUACAACUCCACACUGACCUACAACACCUCCUUCAUCAACAACACUUUUGACUUCACAGCCUACAUUGAAAAUGAAGAAAAUCAGUACUUUCUGGAUGGUAGCUUAGAUGCUUUACUAUGUGGCAACAGUUCUGAUGCUGGAAAGUGUCCAGAAGGAUACAUGUGCAUGAAGGCUGGAAGGAACCCGAAUUACGGCUACACCAGCUUCGACAAUUUCGGCUGGGCCUUCCUUGCUCUCUUUAGGUUGAUGACUCAGGACUACUGGGAGAAUCUCUUUCAGCUGACCCUCCGUGCAGCUGGGAAAACCUACAUGCUUUUUUUUGUGGUGGUUAUAUUUCUGGGAUCGUUCUACCUCAUCAACCUAAUCCUGGCUGUAGUUGCCAUGGCAUAUGAUGAACAGAAUCAGGCCACAAUUGCUGAGGCCCGGGAAAAAGAGGAAGAAUUUCAGAGACUGCUGGAGCAGCUCAAAAACCAAGAGCAACAGUUGCAAGCUGGUAGCAAGGCAUCACUGGCCAGUCAGACAACUCUGAGCAGAGGGUCAGAAAUGGCGGAUGAUGGGGAUGAUGUAAUAAAGGAUUGUAAUGGUAGGAUUAUUCCCCGUCUAGUCAUCCAUAGAGCCCCAACUAUGGUAAAGUCAGCACCAGAAGAUGAGCAAAAAGCUGACAAUAAGUCAAUGUGCUCCCAGCAUAGCAAGAUGUACCUGGAACAUCCUGGGCUCUCUCACAGAACAGCCAGUGCCUUGAGUGUGCGCAGUGCAACUAAAGAAGAGUUGGAGGAGGCCCAGAGGCCUUGUCCUCCAGGCUGGUAUAAGUUUGCUGACAUCUUUUUGAAGUGGGACUGCUGUGCACCAUGGAUGGUCUUCAAGAAAUGGGUCCAUUUUGUGGUGAUGGAUCCUUUUGUGGACCUGGGUAUCACAAUUUGUAUUGUGCUCAAUACACUUUUCAUGGCUAUGGAGCACUAUCCUAUGAGUCCAGAAUUUGAACAUGUGCUCACUGUUGGCAACUUGGUGUUCACUGGUAUUUUCACAGCUGAAAUGGUGUUCAAGCUCAUUGCCAUGGACCCCUACUACUACUUCCAGGUGGGCUGGAACAUAUUUGACAGCAUCAUCGUCACUCUUAGCCUGGUGGAGUUAGGCCUGGCCAAUGUGCAGGGUCUGUCUGUCCUCAGAUCCUUCCGUUUGCUGCGAGUCUUUAAGCUGGCUAAAUCCUGGCCUACUCUCAACAUGCUGAUCAAAAUCAUUGGGAACUCAGUGGGGGCCCUGGGGAACCUGACUCUGGUGCUGGCCAUCAUUGUCUUCAUCUUCGCUGUCGUAGGCAUGCAGCUCUUUGGCAAGAGUUACAAGGACUGCGUGUGUAAGAUUGCAGAGGAUUGCCAGCUGCCCCGUUGGCACAUGAAUGAUUUUUUCCAUUCAUUCCUCAUUGUCUUCCGCAUCCUGUGUGGCGAAUGGAUUGAAACAAUGUGGGACUGCAUGGAGGUGGCUGGAGCAAGCAUGUGCCUUGUGGUUUUCCUCAUGGUCAUGGUCAUAGGAAACCUGGUGGUGCUGAACUUGUUCCUUGCCUUGCUGCUCAGCUCAUUCAGCGGGGACAAUCUCUCAGCAAGUGAUGAAGAUGGUGAGAUGAACAAUCUCCAGAUUGCCAUUGGACGCAUCACCAGGGGCAUUAACUGGGUCAAAUCCUUCAUCCUCGGCACUGUACAGCAGAUCAUGCGCAGGAAGCUUCCUGAGGGUGAUACAGGAGAAACAGAACGUGAUGAUACAGACAAAAAGGAAAGCGUUUCAUUAAACCACCUUGUUGAAGGGAAGAUGGCAGACGGGUUGAACAACUGUCUUGAGGCUCUGACCUUGAACGUACCAAUUGCCAAAGCUGAGUCUGAUGUUGAAGAUGAGGAGUCAGAGAAUUCAUCAGAUGUAGAGGAUGCAAACAAAAAGAAGGGUGUUCUCAAUGAUGGAGACUGUUCAGUGUGUAGUACAGUGGACUACAGACCUCCAGAACCCCCACUUGUGGAAGAGGAGGAAGACGAACCAGAGCCUGAUGAUCCAGAAGCCUGUUUUACUGAAAACUGUGUGAGACGAUGUCCAUGUCUGAAUGUGGAUAUCACUCAGGGAAGGGGAAAGAUUUGGUGGAAUCUGCGUAGAACUUGCUACACCAUAGUGGAGCAUACUUACUUUGAAAGCUUCAUCAUCUUCAUGAUUCUUCUCAGUAGUGGUGCACUGGCUUUUGAAGACAUUUACAUUGAGCGUCGCAUGGUGAUUAAGAUUAUCUUGGAGUAUGCAGACAAAGUCUUCACAUAUGUUUUUGUAAUAGAGAUGCUACUGAAAUGGGUUGCAUAUGGCUUCAAGACUUACUUCACCAAUGCCUGGUGCUGGCUGGACUUUCUAAUUGUUGAUGUGUCACUUAUCAGUUUAGCAGCAAAUCUGUUGGGCUAUUCAGAACUGGGUCCAAUAAAGUCUCUCAGAACUCUUAGGGCACUUCGACCUUUACGUGCCCUUUCCAGAUUUGAAGGAAUGAGGGUGGUAGUGAACGCACUGCUGGGUGCCAUUCCUUCCAUCAUGAAUGUGCUCCUGGUGUGUCUAAUAUUCUGGCUGAUCUUCAGUAUUAUGGGGGUCAACCUGUUUGCUGGAAAAUUCUACCGCUGCAUUAAUACCACCACAGAAGAACUUUUCCCUCUUGAGCAAGUGAACAACAUAAGUGACUGCAUAGCACUAAUGCACACGAAUGAAACACGCUGGGUCAAUGUCAAGGUCAACUAUGACAAUGUGGGAUUGGGUUAUCUUUCCCUGUUACAAGUGGCUACAUUUAAAGGCUGGAUGGACAUUAUGUAUGCUGCAGUGGAUUCCAGAGAGGUGGAAGAACAGCCAUCAUAUGAGAUUAACAUAUAUAUGUAUCUGUAUUUUGUCAUCUUCAUCAUCUUUGGCUCCUUCUUCACCCUCAACCUCUUCAUUGGUGUCAUCAUUGACAACUUUAAUCAGCAAAAGCAAAAGUUCGGUGGGGAAGAUCUCUUCAUGACAGAGGAGCAGAAAAAGUACUACAAUGCCAUGAAAAAGCUGGGUUCCAAGAAGCCUGCCAAACCCAUACCUCGCCCUACGAAUAUGAUCCAGGGCAUGGUGUUUGACUUCAUCUCUCAGCAGUUCUUUGACAUCUUCAUCAUGGUGCUAAUUUGCCUCAACAUGGUUACCAUGAUGAUUGAGACAGAUGACCAAAGUGCAGAGAAAAUAAAUGUUCUCUACCAGAUCAACCUAAUUUUCAUUGUUGUCUUCACUGGAGAGUGCCUCCUCAAAAUGUUGGCACUGAGACAAUACUUCUUCACUGUGGGAUGGAAUGUGUUUGAUUUCAUCGUUGUCAUUCUUUCAAUAGCUGGACUUGCGCUGUCAGAUAUAAUUGAGAAGUACUUUGUGUCCCCCACCCUGUUCCGUGUCAUCCGCUUGGCUAGAAUUGGCCGUGUGCUGCGUCUUAUCAAAGGGGCAAAGGGCAUCAGGACACUUUUAUUUGCUCUGAUGAUGUCACUUCCUGCCCUGUUCAACAUCGGCCUGCUUCUCUUCCUUAUCAUGUUCAUCUUUUCCAUCUUUGGAAUGUCUAACUUUGCCUAUGUGAAAAAGGAGGCUGGUGUUGAUGACAUUUUUAACUUUGAGACCUUUGGGAAUAGCAUCCUCUGCUUAUUUGAGAUCACAACUUCAGCUGGUUGGGAUGGGCUACUGCUACCUAUGCUAAACAGCGGCCCUCCUGACUGUGACCCUGACAUUGAAAACCCUGGAACAAAAGUGAGGGGCAACUGUGGCAACCCAGGCAUGGGCAUCAUGUUCUUCUGCAGUUACAUUAUCAUGUCUUUCUUAGUGGUGGUGAACAUGUAUAUUGCCAUCAUCCUGGAGAACUUCAAUGUUGCCCAGGAGGAGAGCAGUGACCCACUAUGUGAGGAGGACUUUGAGAUGUUUAAUGAGACUUGGGAGAAGUUUGACACAGAAGGCACUCAAUUUUUGGACUAUGACCAUGUGUUUAACUUUGUUGAUGCACUGCAAGAACCCUUACGUAUUCACAAACCUAACAGAAUCACACUGGUCAAUAUGGAUCUGCCGGUUGUAAUAGGAGACAAAAUCCACUGUCUAGAUAUUAUGCUGGCCGUCACCCAACAAGUGCUGGGAGACACUACUGAGAUGGCAGCCAUGAGAGAGAGUAUGGAGGCAAAGUUCAAGAUGAACAACCCAAGUACUGCAUCCUUUGAGCCCAUCAUCACCACACUAAGGAGAAAGGAGGAGGCGCGGGCAGCUACUCUGAUCCAACAUGCAUACCGCAAACACCUCCUCAGACGCGCUAUCCACCAUGCCUCCUUCAUGCAUCGCUCCAAGAAAAGAAAAGUGAGGCGACAGGAGGACGAGGAACUGCCAGAAAUGGAGGGUCUGAUAGCACGAAAGAUGAAUGCUCUCUAUGGCAGUAAUGCAGAGCUGGCUAUGGCUCUGGAGCUUAAGUCCAGGCCCAUGCCAGUCAAACCCACUUCAACUGGUCUCAUAGUGCCAGCACCCUACAGACAAGCCCAAGGACGACAAAGAGUAGUGCCAGUAGAAGUCACAAAUGACAUAGUUCUUCGUUCUGCACCCACAACUAUGCGGAAUUCUUCGAGUUCAGAGGUGGCAGCAGCAAAAGAAUCAAUAAUAUAG